AUGCUGGCGGCGGCGCGGCUUUUCCCGUCCGCGGACGGCGCGCCGCGCGGCGACGCCGAGUCCGAGCACAUCGAAGUCGGCGCGGCGGAGCGUCUCGACGAGAAACGGUUCCAGGAAGCAGAACGGGCCCGCGUUGAAAUGAUGAACGAGGUGGAUGAGGAAAACGCCAAUGAAGUGUUUAUGGAUGAUCCCUGUUUGAAGGUGCACUGCAGCGCCGGCCGCGUGUGCGAGAUCGACGAGCACGGAGACGCAGUCUGCAACUGCAUCAAGGAGUGUCCCUACGAGACCGACUCUCGACGCAAGGUGUGCACGCACCGCAACGAGACGUGGUCGUCGGACUGCGAGGUGUACCGCCAGCGCUGCCUGUGCCUCGACAACUCCGAGCUGUGCCGCGGCCCCGAGUACCACCACGUGCAGAUCGAGUACUACGGUGCCUGUAGGGAGAUGCCGGAGUGCACGGAGAGCGAGAUGUCGGACUUCCCGCGGCGCAUGCGCGACUGGCUGUUCAACAUCAUGCGCGACAUGGCGGAGCGCCGCGAGCUGUCGCCGCACUACCAACGCAUGGAGCGCGAGGCGGAGUCCAACCUCACGCGGCGCUGGACCAACGCCGCCAUCUGGAAGUGGUGCGACCUGGACGCGCACGACAACGACCGCUCCGUGUCGCGCCACGAGCUGUUCCCCAUCCGCGCGCCGCUCAUGGCGCUGGAGCACUGCAUCGCACCUUUCCUCGACCGCUGCGACGAGGACGACGACCACCGCAUCACGCUGGCCGAGUGGGGCAAGUGUCUGCAGCUCGACGAGUACGAGCUGGAGGACCGCUGCGACGAGCUGUCGGACGACGCCGCC